GUUCAGUCAUCUGAAGAGGAAAGUCUCUUUGUUCUCAGUGCUUUUGGACGAGGGCCCUGCCUCUAAUCAGCAACAUGAGCGCUUCCUGUGCGGUUUCAGCCAGAACAUUGCAGAACAAAUAAUUAUUCCUCUCUUGACUGGUUCUGUUCCACUUAUAACAGGACACUCGAACAGUGAGAUCACACUGCCAUCUCUCUUCUUGUGGACAAAGACAAGGGAAGUACAGGAUUUAAAGUCAUAGUCCAGGACUUCAGACCCAGGUUGUGGACUCUCCAACACAGACAAAGAAAUGAGUGAGCAGUCAGUGACCGAUGUGGACCUCAGAUUUCAUACUCCUGCAGAGCAGAAGAGAAAACGAAGACCAAAGCACACCAGGAUCAGAGAAUCUCCUUCUCCAUCUUCACCAUGGCUCAUUACAGUGAUUCUGGGACUCUUCUGCCUGGCUUUGCUAGUAACUGCAGGGGUUUUGGGUGUCAUGUUUCUCCAGGCUUCCCAUCAAGUGAGAAGACAGAAUGAGGAACUUAUCCAGAAACAGGCUAUUCUGAAAAACUUCACCCAACUGCAGGAAACCUUGAAAAACUGCAUGCAGCAAAGAGAUGAUCUCCAAGCCAAUAACACAGAACUCUCAAAUAUUGUGAAUAGGGAAGUAGAUAAAUGCAGCUCUUGUCCCAAGGGCUGGAUACAGUACAGUGGAAAGUGUUACCGUUUUACUAAUGAAAGGAGCUCCUGGCAGAAGAGUAAAAAAUAUUGCUCAUCUCAUGGCUCCAGACUGCUGAAGAUAGAGAACAAGGAAGAACUGGAUUUCAUUAACGGACUGGCAUGUUUUCACUGGAUUGGACUAUUCCGUACGGGAGCUGCUACAAGCUGGAUGUGGGAGGAUGGCACAGCUCAUUCCCCUGACCUGUUCCAAGUAAAGAAGCAAAUGACUGGAGAGUCCUGUGUACUUUUGAGUGUAGGAGAAGCCACCUCCUAUACCUGUUCAGAACAAUAUCGCUGUAUUUGUGAGAAGAGAACUGCUUAGCUGAAGCCUGCUGAACAACACAAGAGGAUCACAGCAUCCAUGAGACACAUACCCUGGGAUGUUCCAAAGACAAAGAGAAAUCACAACCCCUUCAAUUUGCUGUGUUACCCUUCAGACUGAGGGGCUGCAGUUUCAGGUGAUAAAACACCCAGCAGACUGUCAAGAAGCAGGGCAGACACCCCAAACUGGAAUCUACUCCAGCCAACCAGAGCACUCCCACCAUACUGAAUGACUGUCAUUCCCAUCUGGGUUGAUAAGAGUUGAUUUCAGAGACCAUUAGUGCAAAUAUUAAUAAAUACUUUGUAAAAAAUAUAGUGUUGUUUGUGCACAGGGUGUUUUACGGAAAAAUACAAUUUGCCCCAAAGAAUUUACAGGUAAAAUCAAACAAAAUAGAUUAAAUGAGGCUCAUACAGAGACAAAAGAGGAAUGGGAGAGGAAGACAAGUAUUCAUAAUAGUGAGACUCACCAUCUUGGUGCCUGUUGAUUAAGCUGGGGAUGUCUAGAGCUAAAAGCCUGAGUCAGAGAAAUAACUCCCUAGCUGGCAGCUGUAACACACUCACAUGCUCUGUGGGUGGGGCACACAGGGGUAUAUGUCACUCACACUCAGCAGUGGGUUACAUACUUUUCCUGAAUGGAGAAAGCUGGUUCAGGCUCACAGUUUGAAUCCCAGAUCAGCUUCUGUUUUAUAGCAACUGCAAUCUUGGCUAUGACCACGGACUGAACUGGGGGCCUCCAAAGCUAACAUCAUGAGUCUCUACAGCUUGAGAUAAACAAAUGAAGUGCUUUAAUUUGGCACUGUCACCCUGCCUGGAGUGGCUCAGGACCAUGAGUGUCAGCCUUAGGGCAGAUUGUGAAGAAGCAGGGCAGAGACUGCAAACUGGCUGUGUGUUCUAUAAUUAGAUUUCACAAACCCAGUAACAAGUGUGAACUCCUAAAGCACUAUAACAGCCUUACUGUGGAGUCACAGACAGUCCCCUUGGGCAUUCCAGUCUAUCUUGUCAUCCUGGCAACUGGACUAUUUGAUAAUUGGUUACUUUAUCAAAACCACAGCAAUAUUCAGCAAAAAGAGCAGGCUAUUCCGAGUACCAAAGGACAAAUCACAUACCCCAGGUCAGUUUGUACCUGAGAUCUCACACCAAAGACAACGCUUGUAGCCAAUCCUAUAGUCAACUAACUAAGGAUUUAUUAUCUAAGAAAAUAAAUGAGUGUUUGCAAGGUUAAAGCAGGCAGACUUAAAUACACAAAUGAGUUACAGUCUAUGAUUUCAAAAUGUGACAGAGUUGUAGUAAUCUGUCAGCUCUGAAUGUCUUUUAGAGCGAACACAAGUUGACCCUGGGUAGCUCUGCUUCUGUUUCAUAGCUACAACCCUGUGAGAAUCCAAUUAGCAAAAAAUGAAACAUUUUCUUGUCAUCUAUAUUUAUUUCCUUCUUUCAUAAUUCAGUGAGCUUUGUAUCAGGGCUUUUGGGAGUUUUGUGCUGAGUGUUGGGAAAACAGAGCUGUCCCUCCUCCCUUCCUGUUUGCGCACUUUAUGGAUGCUCAUUUAGAGUCCCAAUCUAAAUAGGUCUGAAGCUAUUCUCGGGAAUGUUCACAGUCUCCUUCAACAACCUAUUUGUUCAGAAUUUUUUAACAAGAAUUGAAAUGACAGUAAGAGAUGAAGGGCUGGAUUCCUAGCUGGUGUAGCCUGAUAUAGAGUCACUGAAGUCAAUGAAACUUCACCAAAUCAUACCAGCUGAAGACCUUUCCCAAGUUUGUCUUAGUUGCACAGGGCCAGGUUAGCCCCUGCCAGCCCCAGGAUCAGGGAGAAUAAGGCUUAGAGCUGGUAUUUAGUGAAAGUGCCUGGACUUGUUUUGUAGAAGCUGUGGUUUAAUGUUUAUAAUAUUUAAAUGAUCCCAGCAAAGUGCUGAAUUUACCAUGUUGAGAUGGGCAUCUGCAUCUGUGAGAAGCUGAGCUGCUGUUGUGGUUUCACAGGAGCAAUUUCUCUCCUUGGUAGGUUGAAGAACUUAAUAUAUUGAUUACCUUCUUGUUGCAAUUAUUAAUUAUAUUUGAAAUUAAUAUGGGAGACUACCAGACACUAAAUUCAUCUUAAAUUCCUAUGUUAAACCUAAAGGCCAAAUAUUAUUGUAUACAAUUGUUCUAAACAUGCCUAACAGCCUAAAAAUAAGUCAUCACUGCACCCAAUACAGUACCAAAGUAUUCAUAAACAUCUGAUCAGUAUUCUUACAACUAGGCCAGACCUAAGGAACUCAGUGUCAUCCUGGCAUGAAUCAGCAUGCUCAGGUUUGGUCUGACAGGGUACCAUCAGAUUCUUGGCUCUCUUUAUAUCCUUCAGCUAACUUGCUACCCUUAACAAAAACCCUUUCUGAAGCAGUUUAUUCUGACUACUUUCCUUCCGCCAAUGUCUUCCUUUCCUCUCUCCUCCCCACUUCCUUGCUUACCAGUGGAAUAUUGGGAAGGUUUGUGUGAUGCUUUUUACGUCGGGGGAACACUCUACACCCCCAUGUUCAUCUUUAUAAAAAGAUUGUAUGGUAUCCAAUGCAAAGUUUGUCAUGUUGGGUGUCUUCGGAAGGC